CGCGCAAUCGCGCUCCCGCAACGAGGAACAUCUCGAAUGGUCCAGUCCGUCCAGGACCCGUCACACGCGGAGCACUCAACAACAACCAACUUAGCGCCUUACAAAACCAAGUCUCUUCAAUCGAGAGCGCACGAGCAGCAGAUGCAGCUCGCGUGGCAGCCGAAAUGGAGGAAGAACGCACAAAAGUGGCAGAGUUACAAGCCAACCACCUUGCGUUAUCUCAAGAACUCGCCGAAGCGCGGACGCAGGAGGUCACUCAGCGUAGAGAGCUCGUUAACGCAUCUGGACAAAUUGAGGAGCUGAAGCGUCGGCAUGCUCGCGAGAUUGAUGAGUUGGAAGAAAGUCUGAGGAAGAAGGAACGGGAGUUACGAGAGGUGAAAGACGAACUUCGAUAUGCUCAGGCUGAUCUUGAACGAGAGCGUGAAGCUGUAACGUCGCUCAAGGCUACCGUUGCGCACCAAUCUACAGCGCAUAUCACGCUCAAUGCUCAGAACAGCGCGUUAGAGGCUCAACUAUCUGCACUGAAGUCCACACUUGACUGCAGAACACAGGAUGCUUCGGAAUUACGUCUUCAGCUCGAAAAGGCUCGUGAAAUGAUUAACGAGCUCGAGGAAGAAGUACGGGAUGCUGAGAUGACUCGUCGGCGUCUGCAUAAUACCAUCCAGGAGUUGAAAGGGAACAUACGUGUAUUCUGUCGUGUCAGGCCCGUUCUACCAUCUGAGAUUCUAGCGGCGUGUGGGUCGGGAGAGAACAACGUGGAUGAUUCUACGAGUGACGACUUGGAAACGCAGAAGGCUGCAUGUAUGGCGCGGAUCGAGUUUCCUGACAAAAAGGAUCACAAGGACAUCGUGCUUAGUUCGAGUAGUGAGAGCGCUACUGGCCAAGAACGAAAGGAAAAUUGGAAUUUCAGCUUCGAUCGCGUCUUCGAACCUUCUUCCACUCAAUCUGAGGUGUUUGAAGAGAUAUCACAGCUUGCGCAGAGCUGUACGGAUGGGUACAACGUCUGUAUCUUUGCGUAUGGACAGACUGGUAGUGGAAAGUCGUACACUAUGGAGGGUGGAGCGGACGAAGAAACAGCGGGUAUGAUCCCUCGUGCAGUCGAGCAAGUCUUCCGCGUCACAGAACAGAUGAGAAGCAAAGGCUGGGAAUACAAGAUGGAAGGGCAGUUCUUGGAAAUCUAUAAUGAGACCAUCAACGAUCUUCUCGGAAAAGGCGAGUUUGACAAGAAGAAGCAUGAAAUCAAACAUGAGAAGGGGUCGACGAGAGUGACGGACGUCGUCGUAGUUCCUCUGAAAUCCCCCAGCCAAGUCCGCGCCCUCCUAUCUAUCGCCCAAUCCCGUCGCACAGUAGCCGCAACACUAAUGAACGAACGUUCUUCCCGCUCACACUCCGUCUUCACUCUUCGUAUCUUCGGGACUAACGAAAGUGGCGAGACCUGUGAAGGCUCAUUAAACCUUGUCGACCUCGCCGGGUCGGAGAGGCUAAAUAGUAGUGGUGCGGGUAGUGAUAAGGAUAGACUUAAGGAGACGCAGAAUAUUAAUAAGAGUUUGAGUGCGCUUGCGGAUGUUAUUGCUGCGCUUGGGGAGAGGGGGGAGAAGGUGGAUAAACAUAUUCCGUAUAGGAACUCGAAGCUUACGUACCUGCUGCAAAACUCGCUAAGUGGGAACUCGAAAACAUUGAUGGUGCUCAACCUUUCGCCUCUUGCGGCACAUAUGGGUGAAAGCUUGUGUUCGCUCCGGUUUGCAACGAAGGUCAACAACACUACGCUGGGAACUGCGAGACGACAAACGAGGGUUGUGUCUUAAGCCCAGAUGAAGAGUUCAGUUGGAUUCGUCGUUCUUCACUUCUGGCUUCGAAUUGAUUUCUUUCGUUUCUUAAGUUAAUAAUUCCUUGCUUUUUUGUUUCUGUCUGCGUGCUAUUCC